AUGAGUUCAAGACUUCAGGCUGUCAUUGCCAGCAAAGAGUUUUCAUACAAGUUAGAACCAUCUUUUCUUAAGAUCUCCAGCAUUCCUCAGAUCCCAAAGGUGGAGAGGCUGCUGGUUCUCUGCUGCCGCGUGGAGAACUUUUACCCCCAGGACAUCGACCUGGAAUGGUACAGGAAUGAUGGGGAGAAGGUCCACCUCGUCACUCACUUUGGCCCCUUCUCUGACCAGAGCCGCCUCUACAAUGUGUGGAGUAAGAUCGAGCUCAUCAUGGCCAUAGAGGAUGAGAGGGCCAUGUACACUUGCCGUGUUUACCACUCCAGCUUCCAAGCUCCGGGGUACAAGGAUGUCUUUUACCACAUCAACACUCAAGGAACCCCCCCUGAUGUGAUGUUCAUCAACCACGAACCUCAGUGUCCUAAAGUGAAUGAAGAGUGUACUUUGCACCUGCACAUAAAAGACUUUUGUCCUGAGGAGGUGUUGGUGACAUGGACUAAAGAUGGAGACAAGGUUGUCUCUGGUGUCUUUAAUACUCCCCCCAGCCUGAACGUCAACGGCCUGUACUCCAUGUUCAGUUUCCUCAAACUCAAUCCCACCAAGAAUUACCAAGGCUGCACAUUCAAAUGCCAGGUGGUUCAUAGUGCUCAGAAGGAGCCUGAGGAAAGGCUCUUCAUAUUUCCAAAACUCUGCCUGACAGACAGCUGUUGAUGUCUAAACCUACUUUGGACCAUUUCACA